CGGAAAUACGUUAAGCUAGGAAUGCCCCGAAUAUAAAAAUAAUAUGUUAAACGACAGAAAAGAUACAAUAAUUUUUCAGGUCAAAAUCUCACUACCUUCAGUGUCUUAAACAAGGAUAUUUGUGAAAACCACAUAAAAAUUCAAAGAUUGCAUUGUUUUACAGACGUAUGAUUUAUAUAUAAAAUCACACACAUCCUAACGAUUAAUUAUGUCGCAUUUCAUAGAUAAUAUACUCUUCCAUGUAUUAAAAAAAAAAUAUCGUAAAUUUGUCACGGAAAAAAGUUGAUUACCUUCAGCCGUUCUUUAAACAGUUCUUGUUCCUAAUCUGUGCACACCAGGAUUACGCACCCCCUCGGCCCUGCGCUCACGUCGCUCAGUCGACCCAAUAACAUCAAGUAGGGAGGACGCGCGCCCAAUUUACCAUAGUUAUAGGUAAAAAAGUGAGCGGGAUUUUCGUUUGUCACGAGUUUAUAUUCUUUACCAGGAACCGCAUUGCGAGCAAGCAGUAUGGCGAAGAUUAAAAAUAAAAAAACACGAGAAGAAAAAUUAGCUCAGGCUAGGCGCCACAAAAAAGAAAAGUACGAAGAAUUGAAGAAGGAUCCUAUUAAAUAUGCUGAACAAAAAGAAAAAGAAAGAUUAAGGUACCUGAAACGAAAAGAACAAAAUAAAAUCAAAAACAUUAAAGACUUAACUCCAAGGCAACAAAGGUUGCAAAGGAAAAAAUGGCGUGAAAAUGCUAAAAAAUAUACUGAAAAAAAGAAGAGAAACAAACAGAUAGAACAAAUGUUGAUUGAAAACUCUCCUCCUACAAGCGAUUCAGAAGAAGUCAAUGCUAGAAAUGAACAUCCUCAAACACAAGAUUUGGACCCUCUAGAAGGUUCAUCAGAAAAGAAAGAAAAUCUAGAAGCGGCAUGCACAGACUGUAUUCAAUAUAAAAGAAAACUGAGAAGAUUGCGAUACUUACAUGUGAAAAAACUUGGGAUUUUGAAAAAGAAACUUGAAAGGGAAAGAAAUGAACGAAAAUCCUUAAAUAAAAAGCUAGAAAGAGUAAGAUUCGAUAAUAAAAGGUCUCAGAAAAAUAAUCCGUCAACAGAAGAGAAAGUGGACUCACUGAUUUCUAAUAUAAAUGAAAAUAGUAAAGAACAAAUAAAAAAGAAAUUAAUAUUCGGUGAGGUUUUGAAAAAAGAAUUAACUAAAGGGUUCCAAACUUUAAAGAAGAAAGAUAGGCGUCAAUUUAGCAAUAUAGUAGUAAAGGACAGGGAAAAUUUUAAGAAACAUAAAAUAUUGCUUUCUACAAGUUCUUUUACAGUAAGAAACAGCAAAUUAGAAGCUGAGAUUGCAGAAAACAAUAUUAAACAAGACGUGAAUGACUUCUUUGAAGAGGAUGACAAUAGUAGACUUGCGGCAGAUAAAAAGGAAUACAUUAAAAAGGGCAGAAUAACUAAACAAAAACGCUAUCUUUCGGAUACGUUGAUUAAUCUCCAUAAAAAAUUUUUGGCUACUCAUAGUUAUGCUCUUGGAUAUUCAACGUUUUGCAGAAUUCGACCAUUUUGGAUCGUUUAUCCAAAAGAAUCCAACAGAAAUACUUGUUCGUGCAUAGUACAUAUCAAUAUGGAUCUUUUGAUUAAAUCGCUCCAAAAACACAAAAUAAUAAGAGAAACAAACGGUUCUCUAUUACUUGAGAGCCUUUGUUGUGAUAUUCGCAGCGAAAAUUGUUUGAGCAGAAGAUGUGAGACAUGUUCUAAAAGAGUAAUUAAUUAUUUGGAAUUCGAAAAUAAUAAAUACAUUAAAUAUCACGAAUGGGGUACACAAAUUGUUAAAUAUAAUGUUAAAGGAGAAGAUAAAUAUUCAAAGAAAACAACAAAGUUGCAACUGCAAGAUCUGCCCCGUAAUUUGAUUAAAAAACUUGAAGAUUCAUUGCCACGCUAUUUGAAACAUUCUCUAAAUGUUAUCGUACAGUAUAAAAAUAUUGACGCACUUAAAAAGUCCUUGACUCCUAAAGAAGUACUCAUUCAUAUGGACUUUUCAGAAAACUACAACACUAAGUUUCAUGAAGAAGUUCAAAGUCGACAUUUUGGUAGUAGUCCAGAACAAAUUACUCUACAUACUUCAGUAUCUUACCUUAUUGAACCUGAAACGGGAUUGUUAAAAACAUACAGUAUGUGCACAGUUAGUGAUUGCUGUAGACAUGACGCCGAAGCUAUAUGGGCCCAUGUGAUCCCAAUAUUAGAACAUGUCAAAGAUGUUACUCAUAUUGAUACAGUACAUUUUUUAACUGACAGCCCAUCGAGUCAGUACCGCAACCGAAAAAUAUUUUAUAUCAUCAGUCAGCUCCAGCAACAGUUUCCAGAAUUAAAAGCAGUCUCUUGGAAUUAUUUGGAGAGUGGGCAUGGUAAAGGUGCUCCCGACGGUAUUGGCGCCGUCAUUAAGCGAACAGCUGACAGUACUGUCCGUUUUGGGAACGACCUUGGAACCUUACAAGACUUUUGGAACAUCCUAAAGCUAAAAAUUAAAAACGUGGAGUUGCGUAUGAUCACAUAUGAAGAUAUCGAGGACAAAAAAAUACCGAAAACUGUUAAAAUGUUCAAAGGCACAAUGCAAGUGCACCAAGUACUGUGGUCUUCAUCUAGCUUAAGCAUGACUUUUAGAAAACUAAGUUGUUUUUUUUGUCCGAAUGGCUGCAUAUGUACUCACGGAUAUCAUUUAGGCUAUAUGGACAUCUUAAAAGAUGUCAAUUAUAUAAAUCAGCAACAAGAUCAAAUCUUGCAAGAAUUUCUUGACUCCAAUACCACUCCAGAACUUAUAGAAAACUCAUCUGAAAGAAUACUAGCUGAAAAUGUAAUAGGGAGUAACGAGAAUUUAGAAGGGAAAUUAACUUCAAAACAUAUAGACCCCCUGGCAAAAAUUACAAAAUCUCCGAAAGUAACGAUACUUUCUGAUGUUCGUUUAGAUUGGACAAACACUCCGUUUUACAAACCAAACCAGGCUAUAAAAACUUGUGCUACGAAGAACUUUUUUAACGCAUUUACGGAAUUUAUAACGAAUGAAGGACAGUCAAGUAGUACUGGGAAUUCUUUAAAAGAAACUUAUAAAAUAAAAAGUGUAGAAGACAAGGAAAAUGAAAUUGGAAUAAGAGAAUAUGAAAGUAGCGAUGACGACGAGUUUAAAAUAUUUUGAUUGUGUAUUUACAUCGAUGCCUAUGCGUCAUAGGUAUCUAACGUUUAUUUUGACUAUUAUGUUGGCACUAUCCCACUUGAUUGAUAGUGCUAACAGAAUAGUCAAAACAACCGUUGACGUUCGAUUUUUUUACUGAAUUUUAAUUUCGAUAAUAUGGUUUUUAGAAGAAAGAAAUAUUUUUGUUAUCUUUGUUUUAAGUUAGACGCAAAAGCUGCCGACGACGGAGACUAUAAAUAUUAAACUAAUAAUUAGUUAGCGGGUUUUAAUUUAAAAAAAAUGACAAGUUUUAUGAAAGUAUUUUAUGCUUUUUUUAUUUUCAGAAACAGAAAUUUUAUAUGAAAGUAAAGAUUAGAAACCAAAGACAUGAUUAAGUUC